AUGGCUCGAACAAAUCUAUCUGUACUACCUGAUGUUAGUGUAUGUCUUCGAGACGCAUUAGAUCAUAUGUGUAGCAAUCGUAAUCCUGAUAACACAAAUGAGAGUAAUCAUACAGUUAUGGUACCUGAAGAAAACGAUAUUACUGUUGAUGUUGUAAACGACGAUGAUAGUAAUGACACAAUGUUGGCCAAUGAUUUGCAAUCAAUUACGAAAAGAAAAACUGUUAACACAGAUAUUUUCGAUCAAGAACAGCUAAAUCAAAAUGAAUGCGUGAAACGUCUACGCACAACAUUUUCUCAUUAG